AUGGACGAAUCGCUUGGGCCGCCUGUAGCGUCAGCUGAACCGGCCCUUCUUCCGCCACGAACGCCUCUCCACGGCAGCUACACAUCGGUGGUUCCGCUUCAGCCUGAGCACUGGCGAGCGAUAUACAAACAUCUUGGAGGAGAAGAAAACGCCUGGAGAUGGAAAUACAUGCCGCUCGAGGGCCUCCUUACCGAGGAGGCAUGUGAGGCGACGAUCAAGGCCUGGUGUGCUUCGGAGGAUCCCCUGUACUAUGCGGUACUUUCGGGUCCAGCUUCCGAUCCCGCCUCGGAGCCGGCAGGCAUCCUGUCAUAUUUGUCGAUCGUUCCCAACCACCGUAGAAUCGAAAUUGGAUGGGUGAUUCUUGGCGACGCUUUGAAGCACUCUAGAGAAGCGACGGAAGCUUUCUUUCUCUUCAUGAAGCAUUCGUUUGUGGAUCUGGGAUAUCUACGUGUCGAAUGGAAGGCCAAUCAUCUCAAUGCACCGAGCUUGGCAGCGGCUCGGCGACUGGGUUUUACGUACGAGGGAGUUUUCAGGAAACAUAUGAUUGUGAAAGGCAGACGCAGGGACUCAGCUUGGCUUAGUAUCAUAGAUGAUGAAUGGCCUGCUGUGCAGAAGGGAUUUGAAAUCUGGCUGGAUGAGAAUAACUUUGAUGAGAACGGAAAACAGAAGAGGGGAUUGAGGGAAUGUAGAGAAUGA